AGUCGAGAGACCUAUGCGAUCAGUCGCCGCCACUCGUCAGUCAGUCACCACUGCGGUGUGUACCGAGCGGGUCGUGCGCUGAAUCUCGUCGCCGUUCACUAGCGCAUCUCUCGCUAACAUCAGCCGUCGACGCCGCCGCGGCGUCCAGUACGAGCGAAAUGUCCGUUCGGGGUUCCGUCUGAAAAACGACAUCAGCGUUGUUUCCGCGUGUCUAUUUUCCCGUUUCCGUUCCUAGUCCGGUCGUCGGUGGUUUUUUAUUUUUUUUUACGAAAAUGUCCGUCGGCCGUCCGCUGCUGCUCCGGCUGUUGUUGGCCGUCGCGUCCGUGGCCCGAGGCGGAUCUGCCGCGUACUGCGACGAGAACUUGUUCCCGGAAGUGGACGACACGCAGCGACAGUACACCGGCGUUCGGUUCACCAAGGAACUCAGCUCCGCCGAGUACGGUCCCCUCAACUCGUUCAAGACGCUUCACUGUUGCGGCGAGAGGUAUCUCAGCCUCGAGUGGUUCAAGGAUAAUCGUCCCUACCCGUGGCCUGGCGACGUCUCUAGUUUUAUAUUGAAUCCCGAAAGCGCUAAUCAAACCAUAUACACACGGAGUUUGACAUCGUCUGACCAUGGUGUGUAUACUUGUCAACUAGCCGAUCAAACAAACGUUGUAAAUCAUUCGAUGAAACUCGUCACUUUGGAUGUUAAGUCUUAUUGGGAAGACCCUCUGCCAACGUACGAAAUGGCAAAUGUACACUAUGCACAACCAGGAGAAUUGGUCAGACUGUAUUGCGAGGGUUUCGUAGGAAAAAUUGGUCUUCCGGAUGCCGUAAACACAAUAACGUGGACAAAAAUCAGUGAAAAACAGACAAUUGUUUCAAACGAUAAGUACAGAAUAGAAGAAGUGAUUAGGGAAAAUGACCAAGUAUUAGGAGCAUUCCUAUUCAUAAACAAAAUUCAAGAGACUGACUAUGGACAGUACAUGUGUUCUAUCAGCAAUACUGAUGACCAAAUUGUGCAACAAUUUACCAACAUCACAAAACCUAUGUUUAACUACGAACAAUCCGAUAAAAAAGUGCAAAGAGACCUUAAAUUGAUAAUUUUUGUCAUGAUUGCGUUAAUUUUGAUCGUUUGGAAACGCUGGUGGUUCUACUUAACGUAUCAAAAGCUGAAAAAAAAAUUUGAAAGUGAUAAAUAUGCGCUAUCGGAGAAAACUAUAUAUAAUGUAAUUGUCGUUUACGACGAAGCGAACAAAGACAAUGCCCAAUAUUUAGUGGAAAAUAUGGAACAUCGUGAUAAUUAUAUAACUAAGAAAUAUCACAUCGAUUUUGACAAAGACUUAAUCAGAACACAAACAGAUUUAGUUAAAGGUUUUGACUUUGCUAUUUAUUUAUUAUCUUCUGAUGACAAAAUUACAUCGUCACUGAUGAAAAAAUCAUCGCAAACAUCUUUUGUCCAAAACAACGUUACUCCUAAGAAAUUCAUAAUCGACUGUAGCAAUAUGCCCGUGACGCCGACGAAAUCGUGGUGUGACAGUGUCUUGGCGGAUCUGAGAAGUGUUGAGCACGUAAAGCGAAAUAAAAAUACCUCGAACAAAUUGAUGAGAGUCGUCUAAAUAUAAUUAUAACUACGUUCGGUAGCCGUCAAUGUCAUAAUAUAAUGAUUAUAUUAGAUUGUUGAAACAUAGUAUUCCUAUAUACACCAAACAUUAUAUAACUACAAAAUGAGAUUCCAUUUACAAAAACAAACAUUUUUAUUUAUUAUUGUUAUAUAAUCUAAUAUAAAAUAUUAUAUAA